CAGCUGAGUUUUUGUGGCAAGCCUGCCCCAUCGACUUUUCGAUCAUCUCGCUUCGAGAAGCAUAUCAGCUAUAUCUCAUCCUCUUACAGUACCCUUCAGCUACAAGCCGAUACCCAUCCUGCCGAUAGAAUUCCCGGUGGUUGCUACGAUGUCCGCUCGCAGAUGACCAUUUCUCCCUUGCCUAUUGAGUUCGCCUUAUACACACGAACUUUGCUGCCGAGAUGGGAUUCUUAACUUUGCCACGAGAAUGGGAAGGCCAACAUGAGGCCUUUCCAGCCCACCCUCCACAGUUUGACGGUCGAGGAUUGCUUUCAGGCAGCGGAGUAGUUGUCCUGCUUGGUUCGAUCGGCGGCGUGGCAUUAAAUCUCAGUCGAGCUCUUCGUCGGAAGCCACUCAGCUUGGCUGUUUUGAACGGAAUUGGCCUCUGCACAAUCCCGUCCAUACCAAUUGAUAUCAUAAUAGAAGAAAGAGGACGGCGGGGAUGUAUUGAGGAUAUCCGGGCUAUUCUCAAAGCCGACAACAAAACGCUCCCACCCCGGAAGUAUAUCAAGUUCACCAAAGAGAACACACCCGAAACCACUGCAGUAAUCUGUGGAGGACUUGCCGUACUUGGGCUACUUGCAUACCGCCGUGCGCCUAAUGGCCCCAAGGCUGGCGUCCUCUCAGUGCUUGGCGCGUUCAGCGCCGGCUCUUUCUUUGGAACGCAAUUGUCUAACAAUGCGCAAAAGAAAUUGAACGGUGCUGCUAUGAUGAAGUAUCAGAUUGCUUGUCUGAAAGGCAGUCAAAUAUACUCCGAGAGGACUCGAAAGCCUCCAGAUGAAUGGUUGUAUGAGAGCAUAGCUGGGUUGGGCCAAGGUAUCUCAAGACACCAAGAUUCGAAUCCGUGGUCUUUGCUCAGAGGAAUCAAUCAAGAAUCCGACGAUGAGACAAUUGCCAUAAUUGACGAGGACAACGUUACCACUGCUAGUUCAUUGCUUACAGCGUUUCCCUUGCCACCUGGAUCAGAACCUCACAUGGCCGUGAAGACGCAGGACGGAACAAAGAUUUACGCCCCUCAACGUGACUAUGAAUGGAAUCCGACCUCGGCCCAGACAGGUCUCGAGAUCUUGCAAGAUCAUCUGGAAGAGCUGAGCACGGCAAGGUCGAAACAAGCACAGACAGCCGAGUAUCUUUGGAACAUGAUUGCCCGCAGGGAAGCAGACAAGUUCCCUCCGUACGCGCGCAACGACGAAGCAGAGGAGAUUAUUUUGGAAAGAAAAGCCCUGGAGCUACUCACUAGCAUACAUAGACAAGUCUAUUCACAGAUAGCCGAUCUGGACUGGUGCAUAGCGAACACGAAGAAGCUUAUAUUGCAAUUUCAGACAGAUGGCAAAUGGGUGCCUUCAACAUCUGUACAGUCUUCCGUCCUCUCGGAGGCUAGAGAUAAAAUCUUGGAAAACAUCAGGCUGCACAAGAAAAAUUUGGAAGUUCAACAAACGACAUUUGCGAACGAAGAGAAUAUCAAGAUGAUGGCAAUAUCUGAGGAUGAAAAGGAGGACAUACGGCGCGCGCUGAGAGAGAACUUAGCGGCAACGACGAGGCUGCUGGAGGAUCUUGAAAACGAGGUCGAAAAGGGACAAUGAGCGCAGAACAAGCGCCCACAAGCAUAUUCCGACAGGUUUUGUCCCCCUUUACAAUAGGACUGCCUCUUUGAGGCAAGCUACUCAUCUGGUCCAUCUACAUCCAAGAUUUGAUUGUACAAUAUUUCGAUAUAUUCAUACUUCCAUACAAGAUCUGCUAGAGCCAGCCAUCUAAAACAAAACGCCACUUGAAUGAGCCCGUACUCGCUUCGUCCAGCACAUAGACUAAUGCUUUCACAACUACAAUCAUGCGCCCUUAGUUCUUCCUUCUUCUGACAC